AUGGACGAGUUUCAGCUGGACACCCAACUCUACACAAUGAUUGAGCUGGAAGGAACUCGAUAUCGUGCUUUCUUUGCGAAAUUAACGAGACAGGAUAAUCCUCUUCUUUCUCGAGAUAUCGCGCUUGAAUUCUUUCACAAAUCGAGUCUUUCUGAAGAACAGGUACAGGAACUUUAUGCUCAAAUUAAGGAACAAAAACUACUGCGAGACGUGGACCAUAUGAAUGAGACCGAGUUUGUGCUGGGGAUGCACUUUAUUGUGUGCAUGACCAAGCGAAACCUCGUCAAGAUCCCACCCAAAUUCCCCACCUAUUUGUUCCCGACGCUGGACUUAACGGCCGAGAGUGUCCAGACUCAAGCGCCCCAGACGUCAAAUGACGCGCCAUUGCUGUCACUUUCUCCUGCAAGUGACACACCGAUGUCAUGCGGUAUGACGUCAGGUUUUUCUCUAAGUGAUGCCAAAUCGCUGAGUGACUUGCUGGCAAAGGAACGACACUGUAAACAAUACGAAGCCCAAGUGUUGUCAAAGGUUGAGCAGUCUGAAGCGAGAACGCUGCAGAGUUUGCACGAGUAUGUGGAACACAUUGCUGCCCAAGUGGACAAACUGGGAUUUCCCGUGCCCAAUUCGACAAGAUCGCUGAGUACUUUGGAUGAUCUGAAAAACUUGUUGCAAAAGUACGUGUAUGGGACCAAGCAGGAAAUUGAGAGCAUGCAAAUUGACGCGCAGAUGCGCAAUGUGACAUCGGAGGUGCCACAAGACUCUGCUUCACGAGAAGAUCCUUUAAAGAUUACAAGUGGUUUGACGCAGGAGCUUUUGGCGCUGCAGCUCCAGACUGCACAUCUUAUGGCGAAAAAAGUAGACAUUGUCGGACGACUUGUAGCUGUGACAACAGAAGACUCUCAUGCUGGAAGUAUUAUUCAGCAACCGGCAUUUACAGAGUCCAAGAUUCCUCCAUUUGCCUUGUCUAAAGGCGCUCUAACAGUAGGAGAGCUGGGAACGUCCUCAGCUUCGACGAUGCUUCCUAAGACCUCAGAUUCUAUAUUAGUGCAAUCUACGACUGACGGCGGCUGGGACAAUUUUGGGGCUGCAAAAUCAGAAGACUCACCUGCUCCUCAGCCGUUUGGAGUAAAGAUCGACAGACCACUGGCUUCAAGUGACCCUUUCGGCUUCGGGUCGUUGCCCGCUGCUCCAGGUGCUACUGAGGCAACAACUCAAAAUUCGGCGCUAACACCAGCACCGGAAAACAACUUUGCCUGGGGUUCGUUUCAAUAA